AUGGCGAAGACGACCGUGAUUUUGUCAUUUGCCUGUCGAGGCUGUCGUGGAAGCGUACUUCAGUCUUUCACGUCAACAUUUCUUGAGAAUCCACCGCUCAGACCUUUUCAGCCACCAAGACUGCUGCCGGCUGCGCGGUAUAGCCAUGCACGAUUCAUGCUGGCAGACCACUCGACCCAACCCACCCCGUCCUCAGAUCAAUCUGAAGAUAGCAAUGCCUCAGUGUCACUGUCGCCGCCAAACUCAGUAGCCUCCUCAUCAGAUCCCAUCCCCUGGUACCUCCAGGUCGACACACCCCAACCUCCCACACCCUCACACCCUUUCGCGGACCGCCAAAUAAUCCCCGAUCUACCCGAGGACUCUCCGGCUAUCCUCUCCCCAAUGCUCGAAUAUCUAUCCGUAGAUACCGGUCUGGACAACCUCACACUGCUCGACCUGCGCUCCCUCGACCCUCCACCGGCCUUAGGCGCAAAUCUUCUCAUGGUCCUCGGCACUGCGCGCUCGGUCAAGCAUCUCAACAUCAGUGCAGAUCGCUUCUGUCGGUGGCUGCGCUCCAACUACAAGCUGAGACCGUAUGCGGAUGGGCUACUGGGGAGGAAUGAGCUGAAGCUGAAACUGAGGCGGAAAGCGAGGAGGACGAGAUUAGCGGCUAGCGUGGGUAAUACAAUGUACGAGAAGGGAGGCCGCGCUGAUGAUGGGAUCACGACGGGAUGGAUAUGUGUUAAUGUUGGGCAGGUCGAGGAAGGCCAUUCAAAGGAUGUGCCGGAGCAGGCUCGAGCAGCAGCAGAAAGUGACAUGAGGGAACACGAGGAUGACGCUGUGCCUGAAUUUGGCAUUGAGGAAGACGACGGUGGGGCUACGAUGGAAACUGGCCACAAAAGAGAACUGAUGGGCGAAGUAACGGCCGAAACAGGCACGAAAUUAGAAGAGGAAGAAUACAUCAACCCGGAGCAAUCGAUCGAGGACCAAGACAACAACUACAUUGGCUUCGGUAGUCGAUCUAGUGCUCCGCGGAUCGUGGUGCAGAUGUUUACCGAGGAGAAGCGCGCCGAGCUGGAUCUCGAAGGACUAUGGCAAGACAGAACCACGAGGCGGUCACGCAAAGCCGUUAUAGCAAAUGAGGAUGCUGAAACUGCGCUAGAGGGGCAAAGUAUGGUCGAAGAAGAGGAGGAGGAGGAUGAUGAUCUUUCAUCUAUGGUAUCUGACCCACGAAGAGCUCAAUCGGAGCGUGCUAUGUAG